AUGUCUACCGUAGUUAAGUAUUUUUACAGGGGCGAGAAUACUGAUUUGAUCGUAUUCACUGCAUCCGAAGAGCUCGUGGAGGACUAUCUGAAAAAUCCAUCCAUUGGUAAGCUUUCCGAGGUUGUUGAAGUCUUCGAGGUUUUCACCCCACAAGAUGGUAGGGGUGCCGAAGGAGAACUAGGUGCUGCAUCCAAGGCUCAAAUAGAAAACGAGUUCGGCAAGGGUAAGAAAAUUGAAGAAAUUAUCGAUCUGAUAUUGAGAGAAGGUAAACCAAACUCCAGUACCUCCAGUCUCAAAACCAAAGGGGGUAAUGCAGGAACCAACGGCUACAAAUAG